GACUGCAGCGUGGACACCAGAGUCAGUGCCACCCUGCUGGCCUUCCUGGUGGAGCUGUUGAAGAGCUCAGUGGCGAUGCAGGAGCAAAUGCUUGGUGGGAAAGGCUUCCUGGUGAUUGGGUACCUGCUUGAGAAGUCGUCACGGGUUCACAUCACCAGAGCGGUCCUUGAACAGUUCUUGUCCUUCGCCAAGUAUCUGGAUGGUUUACCUCAUGGAGCGCCUCUUCUCAAACAGCUCUGUGACCAUGUCCUCUUCAACGCUGCCAUCUGGAUACACACCCCUGCCAAGGUCCAGCUAUCCCUCUACACAUACCUGUCCUCUGAGUUCAUCGGCACCGCCACCAUCUACACCACCAUCCGCCGCGUGGGCACCGUCCUGCAGCUCAUGCACACUCUCAAGUACUACUACUGGGCCAUCAACCCGCUGGAGUGCAGUGGAAUCAACCCCAAAGGCCUUGACGGACCACGACCAUCCCAAAAGGAGAUCAUCUCGCUCAGAGCCUUCAUGCUCCUCUUCCUCAAACAACUCAUACUAAAGGACCGAGGCGUGAAGGAGGACGAGCUGCAGAGCAUACUCAACUACCUAUUGACCAUGCAUGAGGAUGAGAAUAUCCACGACGUGCUGCAGCUGUUGGUGGCUCUCAUGUCUGAACACCCAGCGUCCAUGAUCCCUGCAUUUGACCAGAGGAAUGGAAUAAGGGUGAUCUGCAAGCUCCUGGCCUCUAAGAGCGAGAGCAUCCGAGUCCAAGCACUCAAAGUCCUGGGCUACUUCCUCAAGCACCUCGGUCACAAGAGGAAGGUGGAGAUAAUGCACACGCACAGUCUGUUCACACUGCUGGGGGAGAGGCUGAUGAUGCACACCAACACCGUCUCUGUCACCACCUACAACACUCUGUAUGAGAUUCUGACGGAGCAGGUCUGUACUCAGGUGGUGCACAAACCCCACCCUGAGCCCGACUCCACUAUCAAAAUCCAGAAUCCCAUGAUUCUGAAGGUAGUGGCCACCCUGCUGAAGAACUCCUCUCCCAGUGGCGAGCUGAUGGAAGUCAGAAGACUCUUUCUCUCUGACAUGAUAAAACUCUUCAGUAACAGCCGUGAAAACAGGCGGUGCCUGCUGCAGUGCUCUGUGUGGCAGGACUGGAUGUUCUCCCUCGGGUACAUCAACCCCAAGAGCCCGGAAGAGCAGAAAAUUACCGAGAUGGUUUACAACAUCUUCAGGAUCCUGCUGUACCAUGCCAUUAAAUACGAAUGGGGAGGGUGGAGGGUCUGGGUUGAUACCCUAUCCAUCGCACACUCCAAGGUGACCUACGAAGCCCACAAAGAGUACUUAGCCAAGAUGUACGAAGAGUACCAGCGGCAGGAAGAGGAGAACAUGAAGAAGGGGAAGAAAGGCUGUGUGUCCACCAUCUCCGGGCUCUCCGCUACAGCCGCCCCUGUUGUCAACGGCAACCUGGAGAUUGAUGACAACUCCCAGACGCAGACACCUGAGAGCGAGGCUGAGUACAGCGAGGGGGCCGGCGCAGACUCUCGCAUCCUCCUGGCAGAAGGAGCUGUGAAGCGACCCAACGGAGAGGCCCUGACGCCCGGAGAGCAGGCUGCCGGGCCCGGGGUCCGGGUGGAGGUCCACGACCUGCUGGUAGACAUUAAAGCAGAGAAGGUGGAGGCCACAGAAGUGAAGCUGGACGACCUGGACUUGUCUCCAGAAGGCCUUAGUGGAGGUGUGGGUGGAGGAGGUGUGGUAGAGAACGGACCUCUAGUGGAGGUGGACUCCCUGCUGGACAGUGCUUACUGCGCUGUAGUUCAAAACCUGAAUGGGAGUCUGGCGCCUAAAGAUGACACGCCAGGCUCAGGGGUCGGGAUGGGGUCGAGUAUGGGGCUUUCGGGAGUAAGCCUGGAGGAUGAUGGGAACAUGGGUCCUCUCAUCACACUGGCUGACGAGAAGGACAGCGUCCCGAGCAACAACGGAUUUCUCUUCAGCAAGGUUGACGAGAAGCUUCUUCCAGCUCUGGCAGCCACAGACCUUGUGCUGCCGAGUCCGGACCAGCCCACCAACAGCGCCAGUGAUGACCUCAGCCUGCUGGCCCACAUGACCACCUGUGGCUCAGACUUAACGCAGAGCCAGAGCCACACUUCUGGAGAUCUUCCAGAGGACGGGCCCUUCAAAAUCCAGAGCCCUCUUGCUGACAUCAGCUCUAUAGCUCAGGCUGAGAGCCAAGCUCUGAUCCAGGCAGCAUCAAGAGCAGAUUUCCCAGAGGGGGAGGGCCCAUCCGGGGCCGAGGGAGAGGCUGCUGGGCUUAAGGCUGGGGACUCAGCCAGCACCACCUCGGACACUGAGAGGUCAGAUGAUGGGAAGGACAAGGACACAAAGAAGAUACAAACUACAGCGACCACUCAGGCCCUCCAUGGUCGCACCGCAGCCCAGCUGGAGCGGGACCUCCGUGUGGACCUGGGCUUCAGGGGCAUGCCCAUGACGGAGGAGCAGCGCCGGCAGUUCAGCCCCGGCCCCCGCACAACCAUGUUCCGCAUCCCAGAAUUCAAGUGGUCUCCGAUGCACCAGAGGUUGCUCACUGACUUGCUGUUCGCCCUGGAGACUGAUGUGCAUGUGUGGAGGAGCCACUCCACCAAGUCGGUGAUGGAUUUUGUGAACAGCAAUGAGAACAUCAUCUUCGUCCACAACACGAUCCACCUCAUUUCUCAGAUGGUGGACAACAUUAUCAUCGCCUGCGGGGGCAUCCUGCCUCUCCUGUCUGCUGCUACCUCCCCUUCUAGUUCUAAGAGUAGUGCCAACCCUAAGGCAGGAGGAGCCGGACCCCAGAGGGGGUCAAAGGGAGAGGAGGUGACCCCUGUUCCUGGGGGAGGAGGCGCAGGGGGAGAGACGGAGUUGGAGAACAUCGAGGCGACUCAGGGCAUGUCUUCGGAGACGGCGGUCACCUUCCUGUCUCGACUCAUGGCCAUGGUGGACGUACUGGUGUUUGCCAGCUCUCUCAACUUCAGCGAGAUUGAAGCAGAGAAGAACAUGUCGUCAGGAGGGCUGAUGAGGCAAUGCCUCCGUCUGGUGUGCUGCGUGGCAGUGAGGAACUGUCUGGAGUGCCGGCAGAGACAGAGGGAUCGAAGCUGCAAAUCCUCCUUAACCAGCAGCAAGUCGCAGGACAGCCUCCACAGUGCCUCCACCAACAGCAAGCAGGAUCCAGACAGACUCCUGCAGGAUGUAGACAUCAAUCGUCUUCGAGCUGUUGUUUUCAGAGAUGUGGAUGACAGUAAGCAGGCUCAGUUUCUGGCGCUGGCAGUGGUCUACUUUAUCUCCGUUCUCAUGGUGUCUAAGUACCGGGACAUUUUGGAACCCCAGCGGGAGAUUGGCAGGUCCACCAGCCUAUCAGGGAGAAGCAUUCGCCACGAGAUCAACUCCCCAACCAGUACAGAGCACCCAUCCACAGGCUUCUCUGACAAACAGACCCCCACCCCCGUGGACGACUCCCCCCGCGCUGGCAUCCCUCACACGGACUCAGGCAUCGGGGAGGAGGGCCAUGUGGCCGGGUCCCUGAACGGCUCGGAGAUGGGCCUGGGGCUCGGCCUGGGCCUGGUGGGGAGAGAGACGGACAGAGACAGAGACAGAGAGAGAGACAUGGGGGGAGGGGGCACCGACCUGCUGUGUAGCCUGUCUGACGUCAGGAGGUCACAGGAGAGCCUUCUGGACUCGCCCCACAACCCCAACAUCAGCCAAGCCCCGCCUUCCUCCAUCUCCAGCAUCAGCCAGACCAACAAAGGCAUCAAUGUCAAGGAGAUCCUGAAGAGCUUGGUGGCAGCUCCAGUCGAUGGCGGUGAUUUGGGACAGGACUCCGGGCCGACGCCCUAUCACCCCGACCCUGCCCUGAAAACACACCCCAUGCUGCCCAUGCAGUUCCACUCCUUCGACAGGAGUGUAAUGGUUCCAGUCAAGAAGCCGCCACCCGGCAGCCUGUCAGUCAACACGGUGGGCACGCCCACCACCAGCGGAUCAGCCGCCGCCGGCAGCACCCCCAAUAUAUUUGCUGCUGCGACAGCAACCCCCAAGAGCAUGAUCAACACUACAGCUGGCAGAUUCUUGCUAGUCGCACCGUUGACGAAUGACGAUGAAGAGGAGGAGGAAGAGGAGGCAGAGUCUGUGGCACCUAGGCAGGACAGAGAGCACAAUUAUGGAUCUUUUCUGUGUGACAGUUUGGACUGUAAGACUUGCAUCAUCGUAGGGAAUGGAGGAAUCCUCGCCAACAAGUCUCUGGGACAGAGGAUCGAUGAGUUCGAUGUGGUGGUCAGGUUAAACGAGGCUCCAGUGAAAGGCUUUGAGAAAGAUGUGGGCUCCAAGACCACCAUGAGGAUCACCUACCCAGAGGGGGCCAUCCAGAAGGCAGAGCGCUACGAGCCUGAGUCCCUGUUCGUCCUCUCUGCCUUUAAAGCUCUGGACUUCAAGUGGCUGCGACACAUGAUUUUCAGCCAGAAGCUGGUAAGGCAGCUUCAAAAUAAUUCAGGGUGUGUGCUGCAGCGAAUGUAGCUAUAGGCUGGUGGUGUACAGUGCAGUAUUUUCACACAAUUUAUUCACAAAUCUCAAAGCUUUUCAUGCCUUCAGACUAGGGGUGCACCGAAUGGGAAAUUCUUGGCCGAAACCGA